AUGAAGAUGCUUGCACUGCUUUCACAAAUAUUGCUGCUGGUGUUUACAGCAGAAAGCGGUGCAUUUUCAUUUGCCACCGUUUCCAGUGCAUAUGAGAGGGUAAAUGAUCAUCCUGCAGGCUAUGCAAAACAAGUGACUAAUCAUGAAUCUACUCUAUCCAUAACGCGAAUAGGCUAUGGUCAGUCACCACCCUUUCGUGGGUACCUGCCUCCUCAAAGUCCACCAUCAGUCCGAUAUCCGCCGCCCUCUCAUAGGUAUUUACCGCCAAUUCAAGGUCAUCCAUCACCUAUUCACAGGCAUCCUCCUCCUAGCCAAUACCCACCACCCACUCAAAGGUAUCCACCAGCAACUCAAGGUCACCCACCACCUAGCCGAUGUCCUCCACCCACUCUAGAUCAUACACCACCUACUCGAGGCCAAGCACCUCCUCCAACGUAUCCACCACCAUCUAGAUACCCUCCACCCACUCAAGGUCAUCCACCACCUAGGCAAUACCUGCCACCCACUUAA